AUGUCAAAGUACUUACAAUUAUCAAUGGGGUUUACUGAAAUCGCAUACAGAGGACUAGAAAAUGAUUCAAGGUUGGUUGGUUCACAUGUGGUUAGAAAUGGUGGGGUUAUAUUUGAAAUUGUUAAUACCCUAGAGACAGUUGAAGAUGAUAACGUUUUGAAAUUUCCUUAUUUCCAACAUGACUUGGCUAAGUUUCAAGAGAUUAAUAAGCAAGAUCAUUUAGACAAAUUUAAGGUGACUACCAGCGAUCUAAUAUUUGACUUUGUCAAUAAUAGAAUUGAAAGUUUUGCAAAUUCCUCUCGAUCUUUUAAGUUGGGAAGAAAUAUUUACAACAAGAUCAGUGCUUCUCGAUCCCUACAAAAUACGAUGAAUGAGUUUAUUUUAAACACGAUAAACAGUUCUGAAACUAUAUACAAUGAUAUCAUGGAGUGUACAUUGAUUCAAAAGUUUCUAAAGAAGCAUGGCGAGGGAGUGAUGGAUAUUUCUUUUCAAGUCGUUGACGUUGAUUACAUAUUCAACCGAGCAAUUCAGGCAGGCGCGGGAAUAAUACGGUUACCGAAAGUGUUGCAUGAUAAUAAUGGUAAGGUUAAAUUGGCAACUAUUUCAAUUCCAAAUACUGACAUCCAGCAUACUUUGGUACAACUCAUUGAUUAUACAGGACCAUUUUUACCGGGGUAUUUCAAUCCAGUUAUGGAUUUUUCUACAAGCUUUCAGUACCAACUUGGUUUAUUACCCCCAGUUAACUUGGAAUGUUUGGAUCAUUGUGUUGAAAAUUAUGCCCUGAAUCAAAUGAUACCUCAAGUUAAAUUUUAUGCCGAGAUUUUUGGAUUCCAUAAAUUCUGGUCAGUGGAUGAGCUGGAUAUAUCCACGGAAAACACCUCACUUCGGUCAACAGUUAUGGCAUCAAGCAAUGGCAGGAUUAAAAUGCCAAUUAAUGAACCUGGCCAAUCGAAAAUGAAGAGUCAGAUUCAAGAAUUUAAUGAUUUUAAUGGUGGUCCUGGAGUACAACAUAUAGCAUUAAAGACCAAUGAUAUAAUUGGCACCGUCAGUGCAUUGAUAAAACGUGGAAUUGAGUUUAAUGUUGCGGCAAAAAAUUAUUAUCCUACCCUUGAACGAAGAUUGAAUAACGAUGAUAUUUCCCUUUAUGAAGAUUUUCAAGAGCUUAAAAAAUAUAAUAUUUUAGUCGAUUACGAUUACUCAACUAGGAAUAACAAAUCUAAAAGAUGCAAUUACCUAUUACAGAUAUUCACAAAGCCAUUGCAUGAUCGUCCAACAUUAUUUAUUGAAAUUAUUCAGCGUCACCAUCACAACGGUUUUGGGAGAGGAACCUUUAAGGGAUUAUUUGAAAGUAUAGAAGAACAACAAAAGAUUAGGGGUACUUUUGUUGAGGUGUCGCCAAGAAGUGGGAUUUUUAAACCUCCGAUUUAACCAAGAAGUUUAUUCAAGUUUUUCUUGGUUUUAUUAUUCAACUGGUUAGUAUUCCUUUCUAGUAUAUCUUUCCCUUUUUUUUUUAGCACAUUGCAAAUUCAUAUGCCAAUACACCCAAUAUCAGCUUGCAUCUAUGUGGUUCUCUCUUUACUACAAUUCGCCUCCGCUGUAGACUUACGUAAUUCUUCAAUCGCCCGUAUACACAAAUCAU